UUCGAACUAGGGAAGGCGCGUUGCUCUCUGGCCCGACGCGUCUAAAGUGGGCUUUACGCGGUUGGCGUGUCGCUCCUCCAGAGUUGCUUGCAGUGAUCUUUUUCAGUACAAUCGUCCUUCACAACGCACACGCACCGAAUUCUCCGACACAUCAAUCAGCUUUCUACUAGUAGUGAACGAACAGAACGAAACGAGUCGCCAAACUUCCACGCCAACCGCCUUUCCACGAAUGGUUGAUUAAACCACAGCCGCUCCACGACAGCGAGCUCGGCUGGCGAGCCCGUUGGGCAUGGCUCAGGUUGCAACCAUGGUUCAAGGCGAAUCCGCUGAGAAGAAAGUUCACCCUUUCUUCUCUCGGAACCUCGAGCCACCGUCGACUCCUCCACCUGGCUACGCAGCAGCUGAAACGACUGGGCAGCCAGGGCUCGAAGACGAAGAUGUCAGCAAGAAGCGCAAGACCGAAGACGCAGACGAGGUCCGAGAUGAAUCAACCGCGAAGAUGCCAAAGAGAAAGAGAGGCAGACCCAGGCGCAGUGACCCCAUCACCAAGCACCUGGUGCAGCCUCAACAAACACCCGAAUCAGCGCCUCUGCCAGCGGAGCGAUUGGGACAGACCGAGCAACAGCCACAGGAAACCGCUCCUCCGACUUCAGAGAAGGCCACACAAGCUGCGAUGAAUGAGACCGUCGGGAAGAAGGUUCUGAAAUUCAACCCUUUGACUGGUACUCUAGGGUCACCGCCAAAACCCAAGUGCACUAGCCCACCUUCACGAAUCGUUACUGUCAGAUACGGGAAAAACGCAGAAGAUAGAGCCGAGCUCGGAGAGAAGAUCAGCGCCAUACUGAGUACGACGCAGCAGUCUCCGGAAUCAUCAUCGAAGCGAACACGGCGAAGAAAACCCAACAAGGCGGCAGACACGAACAUGGCAAACAUGUCUGAACCCAGCAUCGACUCUGGAGCUAAGAAGUCAACCGCGAAGAACACACACCCUUUCUUUUCCGGGAAAAAUAAGGAGGCUAUAAAGCCGCCAGUAGCUAGACAGCCUGUCGAAGCACCCAAGCCAGAACCCCCUAAGCGACAGACCAUAUCCAUGGCCACGCCAGUAUCCCCACGAAAACAACGACUCCCGUUCCCUUCGGAUCACAGUCGACCACCGGCAUUUGGUUCCGCAAGGCCAGCUGCAACAAAGGUGCCAGGGGCCAAGCAUCCUGCAUGGCCGGCCCGAGAUACGACACAUGUGAGAGGGGACCAGGACUUAUCGGCCCAAGGGUGGCAUCACAAUAUCUCCUUACCUGAACGCAAGUUCAAAGGCCAGGCAGUCGCAAUCUCCACAGACGAGUCGGUUCUUUGUGAUACUCUGCGGAGGUUGAACCUGGAGGAUGCGAAACGGACAGCUUCCUUCGUUGACAACCAUUCCAGCACUCCACCCCGUGAGCUGCGGUUGCCUGUGCAACAUUUUGAGAGUGGUCGACAACUUCAAAAGCGGAUUCUGCCUGAGCUCCGCUGGCUCACUUCCACAACUGCUUCAGCUGAUAUGGACCUUGACGAGCUUGGUGACGGACCACAUGUGAAGUCCCACCCGAUUGUCACGCGUCUUUAUGCAGAGCUGGCCGUGAGCCUUUGUGCCUAUGAUCGAUCCACAUGCGAAGGCAGUUCGUGGACACAGAAGUACGCGCCAAGCAGUGCGGCCGAAGUGCUCCAGGCCGGCAAGGAGGCCUUCUACCUGAAAGAAUGGCUAGAAGGUCUUCGAGUUCAAGCUGUCGAGACGGGAAGCAAUGACGGUGGGAAAGUCCAGCCAAAGGGAGAAAGACCUCUCAAAAAGCGCCGGAAGAAUAAGCUGGACGGCUUCAUCGUUGAUAGCGAUGAUGAGGAGGACGACCUCGAUGAGGUGUCGGACGGCGAACCAGACUGGACGACAUCAGGUUCUGGCCGUCCCAAAACCGUCAUGCGACGAGUCAAAAAGGACCAAGGCCGUUUGAACAACGCAAUGGUGAUCAGUGGCCCGCAUGGGUGUGGCAAAACGGCAAGUGUCUAUGCUGUUGCCAAAGAACUUGGGUACGAGAUUUUCGAGAUCAACUCAAGUACCCGUCGCAGUGGCAAGGACAUUCUGGAAAGGGUGGGCGACAUGACUAAGAACCACCUAGUCCAUCACCAACAAGACACCGGAGCAGAGGAUGAGGAUGUAGAGGAUCAGGUGGCCAAGGACCUCAAGUCAGGGAAGCAGGGCACGAUGACGGCCUUCUUCAAAGCCAAGCCAGACGUGAAGACUGCCAAGCCCAGGAAAGCGGUGAAAGAGAACGAACAAGGGCCAAAACCCGGUUCAAAAUCGCAGAAACAGUCCCUCAUCUUGGUGGAGGAAGCGGAUAUUCUCUAUGAGGAGGACAAGCAGUUCUGGCAAACCCUGAUGAGCCUCAUGGUGCAGUCGAAGCGGCCUUUUGUGAUGACUUGCAAUGACGAGAGUGUCAUACCACUGCAGAGCCUGGCUUUGCACGGUAUCUUGAGGUUCAGUAUGCCACCUACGGAGCUUGCUGUCGAUGUGUUGCUGCUGAUAGCUGCGAACGAGGGCCAUGCCCUCAAGAGACAAGCUGUCGAGCAUCUGUACAUGUCGCGAAAAUACGACUUGCGAGCUACGAUCACAGAGCUCAAUUAUUGGUGCCAGAUUGGCAUUGGCGACCGUCGUGGAGGCUUCGACUGGUUCUACCAGCGUUGGCCAAAGGGGAUCGAUGUUGACGAGCAUGGUGAUAAGGUGCGCGUGAUCAGCGAGAAUACAUACAUGGACGCUAUGGGGUGGUUGGCUCGGGAUGUCCUGGCCACUCCUGGUCGUGCCUUGUUGAAAGAGGAAGAAACUCUGCAGCAGUGCUGGGACUCGUGGCACUUCGCAGCCGGGGACUGGCAUGAGGCCAAUGGCUCAGACCCCAGCGUCUUUGAUCUGCCUUCAAAAGACCUGGACGCCUUUGGCAACUUUAUCGAUGCGUUGAGCGCGGUGGACGUUUCCUCCACGGCCUUUGGUAGCGCUGCCCUCGACGGGAGCAUCGACCCUGGCUUGCCGGCGAUGCCCGACAAGGUCAAGGAGGAUUUCAUCAUCGGCCGUCAGCUCAUCGAGGCCGACACAGUGACGGAUUACACACUCUUGAACGACGGCUUCGCAACCACGCAGAAGUCCCUAGCUCGCCAGGUGCUCUAUCGCCACAUUGCCAGCAGAGCACCAAAUGAAGCAGAGGCAUUGCGCCCGCUAGAUGAGACGGGCGCCACCCUGGCGCUUAAGAGAUUCUUUUCGACAGUUUGCAACGACCUCACACGUCUCGACCUGGCCUAUGCCUUCGAUCCCAUCGCUGCGUCGGACGCCCAUACAGCCAUUUCGCAUCUCGACCCAUCUGUCUUUGACAGAACAACGCACCUCAUUGUGCUCGACAUUGCACCAUGGGUCCGCAACAUCGUUGCGUACGACGAUGCACUGAUGCAGGAGCGCAAGAAGUUGAGCAGUCUGCUUUCAGAGGGUGGCCAGUCCAAGCGCAUGCGCAACACGAGGGCCGCCUACUCGGCACUCGAGGGCGGCGAUCGAAAGUCCACCCGUCGUGAGAAGUACUUUCAAGGCUCUCUCAAUACCUUGUUGGUCCUCAAGACCGGCUCGGACUCGUGGACUCGGGCGGCCACAGAGGAGGUUUCACACGCUGAGGCAGAGGCCGCGACACCGUCGAGCCCAACGUCGAUGGAUGUAGAUGAGGAAUAAACCAAGCAUAGUAAUGAAAGCGAUG